GCUGUCCCCACCCUCUUGGGGACACCAGCAGAGCCGCGAGAACGUCUGCAAACUUCGGAUGAGGCUACAAAACAAAAACCGAAUAGAGCCGAGUCAAGCCAUCAGUGGAUUCUCUUUAUUUCCCCGACGGAUCACAGGGAUGUCUUUCUCCAGGCGUUGUCUCACCAAGUCGCUGAAGAACUGAACAUCCUGGGCAGAAACCGUUGUCCAUGGCUCCAGCUUUUGCAGAAUGGACAUCCGCUGGCUUCUUUCCGGCCAUCUUUGCUGUGUCCCUCUUUGCAGCCGCUUGUUUCCUGGCUCUGUGCGCUUCCUGCAAAAGGACGGACAACAACAGAAUGCCAGCCCAAGAUGAGGAAUUGCGGGAUGAAGCUGCUCUGCUGAGACAGAUGGAGCUUUUACCCCUCAAGGGUUCGGCCUCUAACCUGCCAAAGCUCAAGAGGGCCAAUUCCAGAGGAAAAAAUCAAAGCUCGGCUGGAGUCAGCGUCUCUUAUGAAGAUGAUGGGACUGUGUCCAGCUGCAGUUUCAUCAUCCUCCCGCAAAGAGAUUUGCCCCAGACCCCCUCAGAGGAUCCGUUGCCUCCGGAGGAAAUGUAUUCAAACCUGACCUUCCCGAAACGAGCCCUGGAGGUGUUCUAUGAAUCUGUAAAGGUGAAUGAAGAAGAACCUGAGGAGACCUGUGUGAUCCCAGAGGAAGCUGCUGGUGGGGUCCAGGCGGACCAGCCUGUGGAGGUGGCCUAUGCCCGCGUGCUGAAAGGAAAGCAGAAGAAAAACCACAGCGGACCGGAGGUGGGGGCGUCUCAGGAGCCUUGCCCAGGAGGGACAGUUUUGACUCCAACUGUGCAGGUGCAAGACAUGUACUCUGUGGUAUGUAAGAACAAGAGGAAAACAGCCCACAGCUGUGAGGGGCUUGGUGACGAGAGAACCUCUCCAAUGAAGGCAAGCCCAGGAAACUGCCGCAGGGUGUCUGUCGGUGAUGAGGAAUCAGGUGGCAGGCCAGGAGACUGGUCCCCCUCAUCCUUCGAGUCCCCCGUGACUGAACCUUGCUAUGAGUCCGUCCGUUGCAGAUCCUGGGGAGACGCAGGCAGGGAGAAAACCACCGAACCGGCUUACGAGACUGUAGACAUCCUCUGGGAAAAUCCAAGGGCAAAAAAGAAGUUGAAGAAGAAAGUUCCUGCAGAAAACCUAUACGAGAGUAUUGAAAACUUGGCCUUUCAGUGCCAGAAUCUAAACAUGGCAUCCCGUUUUGAACUCUGAUUCCUUUGGACUUUGCCCCCUCUCCACUUGUUCGUGGGGUAUUUCCAAUACUGUAAAAUGAAUGAACGAAUAAACCCAGCAGAACCUUUAUAAAAUACUAGUGCCUGUCAGGUAUCAAUAAAAGUCAAAGGCCAAUGGUUAUUGUACAUUAA